UCGGUGCUACUAGGACUCAGAUCAGCAGGCUCGCAAAGCUGGUCGGCUGGUCAUGUGACCAGUAGAAAGCCGGAAGCACGCGGUUUGCAGCCCCCUCUCCUGAGCCUUCGUCCUUGCACCUGGUGUGGUCGUCUAUGCUCAAGUGUGGCUCGCAGUCGUGCAUGGUAAGCGCGGGAUUUGACCGGGAGUCGUUGUCUGGCGGGUUGGAGAGGGGAAUGUUUUGCUGGGGAUCCCCGGCUGGGAGACAGGGAAGCUGAGCAGGGGGAGGAGGUUACCGGGAUUACCCGUUUCUCUUGAGAAUGAAAUGUCUCUCUUCUCUGCGAUCAGAAUCUUGUCUCCAGAACGUGACAAGGAACAACACAAAGUGUGAACAGCCAAUAAUGCCGUAGUUAUGCUCCCCCUCCCCCCAAGUCAAUGCAUCGCUUUGCCUUUAGCAAAGUUCUUAACGGGUCUGGAUAAAAGGCGGAUAAAAGCGCUUCCCCCAUCGCCAGCCCCAGAGGAUGGGGGGCAGUGGGAAGGCACGCGACGCCUUCCCGCUACUCUCCAACCCUCCUGUGGGCUUUUGCGGGAGAUGGGGGAAUUCCCCCACCUCCCGUAAAAGCAGGAAAAAGCCGUGCGCUCUUUAAAGGGGCUGCGCGGCUUUGCUGGCUUUUCUAGGAGGUGGAGGAAUUCCCCCACCUCGCAGAAAAGCCCGCAAGAGCCGCGCAGCCUUUAAAGAGCGCGCAGCUCUUGGGGGCUUUUCCCCAAGGAGGGAGAAGGGACAGACUGUCGGAGUCCGUCCCUUCUCCCUCCUGUGGGCUUUUGCGGGAGAUGAAGGAAUUCCCCCACCUCCUGCAAAAGCAGGCAAAAGCCGUGCGCUCUUUAAAGGGGCUCCGCGGCUUCUGCUGGCUUUUCUAGGAGGUGGGGGAAUUCCCCCACCUCGUAGAAAAGCCCGCAGGAGCCGUGCACCCUUUGAAGAGCGCGCCGCUCUUGGGGGCUUUUCCCCGAGGAGGGAGAAGGGACUGACUGGCCAUUUCAGUCCCUUUUCCCUCCUGGUCGAAAAGCCCGUAGGAGUCGCGCACGGCUCCUGUGGGCUUUUGCGGGAGGUGGGGGAAUUCCGCCACCUCCCGCAAAAGCAGGAAGAAGGUCUUGGAGUAGCGCACAGGCUGCGUGCAGCCUGUCCACUGCUCCCAGAGCUGCGGGGGGGGGGGAUCAUAUUUUUUUCCUUGAUUUCCCCCCCUGAAAACUAGGUGCAUCCUAUGGGGCGAAAAAUACGGUACAAUCCUGCUUUCCCUUGUAGCAGCUUACCUUGACUUCAGUAAGGCCUUUGAAAAGGUCCCCCAUGAUAUUAUUGCAAAACAACUAGUAAAAUGUGGGCUAGACAAAGCUACUGUUGGGUGGAUUUGUAAUUGGUUGACGGGCUGAACCCAAAGAGUGCUCAUCAGUGGCUCACCUUCAUCCUGGGAAAAAAUGACUAUUGGGGUUCCACAAGGUUCUGUCCUGGGCCUGGUGCUAUUCAAUAUUUUUAUAAAUGAUUUGGAUGAUGGAAUAGAGGGUGUGCUAAUCAAAUUUGCAAAUGACUGCAAACUGGGAGGGGUUGCUAAUACACCAGAGGACAGGGUCAGAAUUCAAAAUGACCUGAAUAGCCUAGAGAGCUGGGCCAAAACCAACAAUAUGGAGUUCAAUAGGGAGAAAUGUAAGGUACUACACCUGGAUAGAAAAAAUGAAAUGCACAGGUGGGGGACACUUGGCUUGACAACAGUACCUGUGAAAGGGACCUGGGAGUCUUAGUCGACCACAAGCUGAAUAUGAGUCAAUAGUGUGAUGUGGCAGCUAAGAAUGCCAAUGCAAUUCUGGGCUGCAUCAAUAGGAGUAUAGUGUCCAGAUCAAGUGAAGGAAUGCUACCACACUAUUCUGGUUGGUUGGUCAGACCACACCUGAAAUACUGUGUCCAGUUGAAGAAGGAUAUUGUCAAGUUGGAGCAUGUCCAGAGGAGGGUGACCAAAAUGUAAAAGGUCUGGAAUCCAAGCCCUAUGAGGAGAGACUUAGGGAGCUGGAUUUGUUUAAUCUAGAGAAGAUUAAGGAGUGACAUGAUAGCCAUGUUUAAAUAUUUGAAGGGAUGUCAUGUUGAAGAGGGAGCAAGCUUGUUUUCUGCUGUUCUAGAGACUAGGAUGCAGAAUAAUGGAUUCAAACUAUGGGAAAAGAGAUUCCACCUGGGCAUGGUAAUCCAGUCAGGGAAAAAGGGAGGCAUACUAUGUUUAGGGCACCAUUUCCAGCCCCUUCCCCUUUUCAGGGUGAGCAUAGUGGAUCCUAAAAAGGGCUGCUCAGUCAUGGAUACAGCUGCUGAGCUGCUCAACUGCCUCAUUCCUUGAGUCAGAACGACUGACCGCCCAUGUGUCGGUUCAUGACUAGGGGCUUCACAUUCCUGCCCCCGUAGCCAUUUAGUGAUGGCCAUGGGGGGAGGGUUUGGGGAGGUUGGGUUUGGUUUUUGGAAGACGCCUGUGCGUGAAUUUGUUUUAUGUGUGUAGAUUAGUGCACGCUGACCAACGCACAGUCUUCGCAGUAGGGCUCUGUUCUGAUGGCAUGAGUAGUCACGACAAACUGGUGGAUCCUAUCUGCUGCAGCCUUCAUCCGCCUUCAGAGCCGUUGUAACACACUGCUUGUUAUCACCCACCUGCUCUGCCGUUGAGGACUUCUUGGAUCAUUCUUUGUCUAACUCCUUCCCUGUUAUGUACUAAGCUUGGAUCCUAGAACAAUAGGCAAGUAGGAUCCUAGAAUGCAAGAACUGAUUGGCUUGCAGGAAAAGACCAAUCAGGCUCCAGGAGGGAAGCAGAAUCAGCUAGUCAGACGGGUCUCAUUGUGUAAAUAAUGUAUAUAAAAGCCUGAGGUUUUGGGGGAAAUUCAAUCACUGUUUUACAAGCUGCAAUAAAGAGCAUGAAAUCACUACAGGACUCUGAGCAUAUUUAAUUUUCUUUGACCUUACCACCUUGGGUGACCCUGCUGGGAGUACGAGAUUCCCAAUGGCUUCGCUCACAAGGGUCAUAGGAAUGUGCAAGCCCACUCACCAUGACAAGUGAGAGAACUGAGAUAGAUUGCACUGAGCCCUGGUCUCAUUAGACAAAGCGUUCCACCAAAAAGGCUCUGGCUCUGGUUGAGGACAGCUGGAUAUGUUUUGGGCCAGGGACCACCAGUAGGUUGCUGUUAGAUGAGCGUCACACUCAUGGGGGUGUAUUGGAAGAUAAUUCCCACAGAUAAGAAAGGUCACAGACUGUUUAGGGCUUUAAAGAUUAGCACCAAAACAUUGAACCUGAUUCGAUACUCCACCUGGAGCCAAUCCAGCUGAUGAACAACCAACUGAAUGUGGGCUCUCCACAAAGUCCAAGUAAGAACUCAUGCAUCUGCAUUUUAGACCAUUUGGAGUUUCUGGAGCAGUCUCAAGGGUAGCCCUGCAUAUCUCUCUCUCUCUCACUCUCUCUCUCUCUAUCACAUUUAUACCCUGCACUCCCCGGCUCAGGUGUACAGAAAGUUAAAGUAGUCUAGUCUGCAGGUGACUACUGCAUGGAUCACCAUGGCUAGGUUGGAAAGGGACAGGUACGGUACCGAUCGCCUAACCUGACAUAGAUUCAAAAAUUCCAGUUUGGCUACAUUUGUGACCAAUUCCUCCAUAGAGACAGAAGCAUCCAGGAUCACACCGGGACUCCUGAUGGUGGCUACAGGUGACUAUUGUGCCCCUUGAAGAGCUGGGAGCUGGCAAACCAAACUGAAAUUAUUCUGGCCCAGCCAUUGGAUGCCCAUCUUUAAUGGAUAGAGAUUCAGCCGACUCCGUUUCCUCCAUCCCAGAACACCCACCUAAAAAUUGGCCAAUAUAUCCAGGGUAGCAUCUGGCCAGGGCCAUGAAGCAGUAGAUCCAUGAUGUUUGUGGUCAGAUCUGUGGUUAUGUACAAGAUAUUUGAAUAAAGGGUGAAUUUGGGGUUCCCCAAUGCAAAAAGUGUGAUGAUCCAUGAGGAUCCGUGCUUCAAAACCACGUUUUUGAGCCAUGGAGUGGCCAGGAAGCCGUGGAUCCGUGUUUUUUGUGGUGCAGGCUGUGCCCAUGGCCAUGAUGUGUGAUUUGAUGGUGAGUUUGGGUUGGCCCAAUGCAAAAAGCAUGAGGAUCCAUGAGGAUCCGCGCUUCAAAACCAUGUUUUUGGGCCACGGUAUGACCAGGGAGCCGUGGAUCUGAGUUUCUUGUGGUGCAGGAUGUGCCCCUGGACAUGAUGUGUGAUUUGACAGUGAGUUUGGAUUGGCCCAAUGCAAAAAGCGUGAGGAUCCAUGAAGAUCCGUGGUUCAAAACCACGUUUUCGGGCCAUGGUAUGACCAAGAAGCCGUGGAUCCUUUUUUUUGUGGUGCGGGCUGUGACUCUGGCCAUGAUGUGUGAUUUGACGGUGAGUUUGGGUUGGCCCAAUGGAAAAUGCGUGAGGAUCCAUGAGGAUCCAUGCUUCGAAACCACGUUUUUGGGCCACGGUAUGGCCAGGAACCAGUGGAUCUGAGUUUUUUGCGGUGCAAGCUGUGUCCCAUGGCAUGAAGUGUGAUUUGACAGUGAUUUAGGGGUGGCCCAGUGCAAAAAGUGUGAGGAUCCAUGAGGAUCCGUGCUUCAAAACCACAUUUUUGGGCUACGGUGUCGCCAGGAAGCCAUGGAUCCGAGUUUUUUGUUGUGCAGGCUGUGCCCCUGAACAUGAUGUGUGAUUUGACAGUGGGUUGGGUUGGCCCAAUGCGAAAAGCAUGAGGAUCCAUGAGGAUCCGUGCUUCAAAACCAUGUUUUUUGGCCAUGGAAUGGCCAGGAAGCCGUGGAUCCUAGUUUUUUGUGGUGCAGGCUGUGCCCCUUGGUAUGAUGUGUGAUUUGACAGUGAGUUUGGGUUGGCCCAAUGGAAGAAGCGUGAGGAUCCAUGAGGAUCCGUGCUUCAAAACCACGUUUUUUGGCCACGGUAUGGCCAGGAAGCCAUGGAUCCGUGAUUUUUGUGGUGCAGGCUGUGCCCCUGGCUAUGAUGUGUGAUUUAACAGUGCGUUUGGGUUGGCCCAAUGCGAAAAGUGUGAGGAUCCAUGAGGAUCCGUGGUUCAAAACCACGUUUUUGGGCAGUGUUAUGACCAGGAAGCUGUGGAUCCUAGUUUUUUUUGGUGCAAGUUGUAUCCCUGGACAUGAUGUGUGAUUUGACAGUGAAUUUGGGCUGGCCCAAUGCAAAAAGUGUGAGGAUCCAUGAGGAUCCGUGCUUCAAAACCAUGUUUUUGGGUCAUGCCAUUGCCAGAUAACCGUGGAUCUGAGUUUUCUGUGGUGCAGGCUGUGCUCCUGGCUAUGAUGUGUGAUUUGACAGUGAGUUUGGGGUGGCCUAAUGCAAAAAGCGUGAAGAUCCAUGAGGAUCCGUGCUUCGGAACCACGUUUUUGGGCCAUGGUAUGGCCAGGAAGCCGUGGAUCCAUGAUUUUUGUGGUGGAUGCUGUGCCCCUGGCCAUGAUGUUUGAUCUGAUGAUGACUUUGGGCUGAUCUUGUGCAAAAAUCAUGAGGAUCCAUGCUUCGGAACCACGUUUUUGGGCCACGGUAUGGCCAGGAAGCCGUGGAUCCGUAUUUUUUUGUGGUGCAGGCUGUGCCCCUGGAUAUGAUAUGUGAUUUGACAGUGAGUUUGGGUUGGCCCAAUGGAAGAAGCGUGAGGAUACAUGAGAAUCCGUGCUUCAAAACCACGUUUUUGAGCCAUGGUAUGGCCAGGAAACCGUGGAUCCAUGAUUUUUGUGGUGGAUGCUGUGCCCAUGGCCAUGAUGUUUGAUCUGAUGGUGUCUUUGGGCUGGUCUUAUGCAAAAAUCAUGAGGAUCCAUGAGGAUCCGUGUUUUUUAACCAUGUUUUUGCGCCCCUGCGGCCCCACGAAAUAGUGGAUGCAUGAUUUUUUUGAUGCUGUCUACAGAGUAAGACAUGGUCUACAGUAUCAUGGUGGUUUUAUUUAAUUUGAAUGAAAAAAUCAUAUGAAUUCACGAGGAUCCGUCUUGAUCCGCCUUUUACCUUUUUCCGUUCUGAACUGCAUUUUGGGAAAGAUCUUGCCAGGCAGCCUUCCCCAACAUAGCGCCCGCCAGAUGAUUAGGACUACAACUCCUAUUAUUUCCAGCCAGCACAGUCCUCCGAACAUCGGGAGGGCAACUGCUGUAAGAUCUCAUGAAGUGACAUCUGAAAUACAGGCUGACUUCUGCAUCCUCUUGACCCACCUAGAAUAGUAAUCGCCAAGUAAUGUGUGUGUGUGUGUGUGUGUGUGUGUGUGUGUGUGUUCAAACUCUUAUGGUUGUGUAAUAGUUUGUUGCCUGUACUCUAAACUUAUUCUCUCUUUUUCCAGAAGGCAGGGCUAGUAAAUUUCAGCUAAACCUUGGGAGCUGACUGCCUUCACAGGGGAAAGGGGUAGAUGCUCUGUCACUGGAGAUAAUUCUUUUAGGGCUGUUGCUGUAGUUGUUUCUUGCACUGCAGAUCCUGCAUUGAGCAGUGGCUGAUUGGAAUACAUGAAUCCUCCUGCUUUGUAAUUCCACCUAUGGUAAUUGCGCCACACCAGCCACUCCCAUCAUUCCUGACCAUUAGCCAUGCUGGCUGGGCCUGAUGGGUGUUGUAGUCUAAACUGUCUGGAGGACACCAGGUUGGAAAGUCUGUUCCACACUCUAGAAAGGCUCCACUUCUCCACCUGGCUACCUCUAGUGAAAUAUUGACUAGCUGAUGUCUAGCAGUAGAUGGUUUUGCAUUUACACUGCUAUGUUUUAAGCACAACACUUGCUCCUCAGCAGCUAAGAGAUUUAAAAAAAAAAAAAGCUGCACAAGCUCCAAGUGUUGAUCUUCUUUAAAAUGAAUUUUAUCUGCAUGGUGCCUCCAUUAUGAUGGAACAUAAGAAUAACUCAUUCCAUGAGUAGUGAUUCUCAAGGUCAUUUCUUAUCUGAGUACAGAGUUUAUUAUCCAAAGGAUAACAGGGACAUUAUUUUUAUUCAGGAGUAACCUCAUGACUCCUUGGCCACCCCCAGUUUUUUUUAUCUUUGACAUUGUCUACUCUUUAGAGUUGUUGAGUUUACCUGGAUCAUAUGUCAGUGUGGUUGAGUAGUCUAAGUGAUAGUCCGAUCCCUUUCAGGAUUAAACAUUUCUCAUAAUUUUGGCUGCAAAUUCAAUGAAUUUGAAACUGAAAUUAUAAUCAGGAUCAGGCCAACUACACAAGAAAUCCAGGGAGUUAUUUGCACUGAAGCAGCUUGAGAUCAAAGAGGUUACCCCCAGGAUCCUUUGCAGAUAAUUCUGGGAGUGCAUCUCUGGGAUUUUUCAGAUGCGGCUGCUUGGGGCAGAAAAUAUCUUAGGCUGGCAAGGAAUGGACUCUCUUUUGGAGUUCUUGCAAUAAGGGGGGCAAAACUCUGAACUAAAAAAAAAGAAAAAGGGAUAAUUUUCAAAAAUCAUCUGUUUAACAUGGAUCAUUGAAGCUGAUAUGAGGAAUGUUGCUAAUUGUUCAGAUUUCUUCUUGAAAUAACUCAGGACUUUUUAGAGUUUCAUAAAGAGGGCAAGUUUUCCUUAUCAUUUCCAUAUUUGCAAGACCGCUGUGGUCUCAUUCAUGGGGACUGGGCUGGUUGGGGAUGAUCAGAUAGGCAGGACCCAUGUAAUUGACUUGAUAGGAAUGUAAAAUGAGCUGUGCAGCUUCCCAACUGCUCCACUGCGCUGACUCUUCCCCUCCUGAGAAAGGCGGUGGUUGAAACUCCAUGAAGCUCAGGCAUAUCUGCAUUCUAGGUGACCACCUGGCUGUGUAGCAGCCAUUGUAACAGCUGGGGGAGCUACUGCAACAGCUCUGGGAUAGAAACUGCAUAGCACCCUGUUCUUUCUGCUGCCAAGCAUAAUAGGGCUGUGGCAGCAUAGAUGAUACUACACGACAGCUAGGCCAUAUGGCAUCACACAACAUUACACCGGAAAACUUGAACAUCAGGAAACAGUUUCUGUCUCAGUAGCUGUUGCGCCAGUUUAUCUAAUUUUCUGAAACUUGGGCGUUCCAUCCUGAACCCACUAGCUGCUACUGCUCCCCAAUACUGUCAGAUAUUAUCUGCAUGUGUUACUUCCCACUACACCCUUCUCUGAAGGCUCAGUGGUAGGUCAUGUGCUUGCAGGCAGAAGUUUGUCUAACUUUCAGAAACUGGGGCAGGUCAUGCCUAGAUAUCCCGAAACUGCAAGCUACAAACUAGACACUAUGCAAGGAGGAACUACAGCUGCAUCCUGCCUUUCUUUACCCUUUAAUCCUCCCAUGGAUGUUUACAAACCUGUUUGGCCUUGAGACCAAGGCUGCUUGUCAAUAUGUGCUUUGGCCUUGUGCUAUGGUUUCAAUCUUUGGAAUGACUUUAGCGCUUCAGGAGUAGUAGGACUGGAAGGCGGCUCAUAUUUAUUUGAUGGCAUAUAUGAUGAUGAACUGCUGGGCUGGAACCUAUGAAUCUGCCUCACACCAGGUCUGGCCAAUGCUCCAUCUAGUGCUGUAUUGUCUACAUUGAUUAGCAGCAGCGAUCUAGGAUUUCAGAAAGAUUCAAGGAAUCUUUCACAACUCUACCUGAAGAUGCUGGGGGGUUGAACAAGAGGCCUUCUGAAUGCAAGGCAAAUGAUCUUCCACUCAGCUAUAUCCUCCAAGGGCUAUGCAGAUCGGAAAGGCAGGGGAUCUAGAUAAUAUCUGAUAGCACAGGAGAGCAUUGUGCUGGUAGUAGCUAGAGGCUCUUGGAUGGAAUGAGAGCACUUUGAGUCAUGUGUUGUACUGUAAAGUUUGGAUCAUGUUGGACAACUGAUUGUACUGUUCAAGUAGGGGUGUCUUCGGAUAAUUACACCUUUGCUUAAUAGACUGAGAUGUGCACAAGUGCUUUGUUCCCCUUCUCUCAUCCCUUCGUGAUCCAUCUCAGUGAAAUGUAGUUUCGUGUUCCAUCCUACACCUGGAAACUAGGGUUAUCAUCUUUGGAAAUGAGCCAAGAUCUCAAAUCACAAUCUGAGGCAGUUCAAGAUUUCAGCUUGUUCGAAAUAGGUCUACCAUCAUUUACCGGUUUGGACAUGACAGUAAGCCAUGGUUAAUUGGAGACUUGCUCAUUUCACUGAAGCAUGCUGUGAAGCAAAAAGCGAAGAGGGUUGUGGAGUGGGGUUGCUGUUACCUUCAAUAACCUUCUUAUUGAAAACUACUAUUAUUUGCUCUCACUCUGCAGCAUUGAUUUAUUGAUCGGUAGUCAUGAAGCUCAUAGCGUCUGUACUGCUUGCGGCCUUAGUCAUCACCUCCCUGGCCCUGGAGAAUGGGCUCAUGAGGACGCCUCCAAUGGGGUGGCUUGCAUGGGAACGAUUCCGUUGCAAUAUUGAUUGCAAGACUGAUCCACAGAACUGCAUCAGGUAAGUGGAAGAGCCUUGGAAGCUCUGCAGCUUAAACAUGUGCGGCAGGGGCAAGGGAGGGGAGGAGUGAAGUCCCCUUGCAUUUCACACAAAGCUGGAUCUGUUUUGCAGGAAGGAUGCCUCGAGGAAGGCCCAUUUUACUUUCCGUCCAUCUCUAUUUUAUGCUGCCAUCUGACUACCCACUAGCUGUGCUCCACUUUUCAACUUUACAUUAAAAAACAAACAAACUGGUGGUAGGCUUGAUGAAUUCUGACGGGCCUGUCAAGGAGGGGGUCGCUUUCCCAAGUCCUCCCUCCAAGCUACUAAUCACUCACAGGCACCGAACGGGUUAUUAGGCCUUAUUGACAUAUUCUCUGGCACCAGCUACAGAACAUCAAACAAUAGUCUCAUCUAUGACAUGUUCUCUCCUCCCCUCGGCAGGUUAAUUUGAAUAUUUAUAGGGGCUGGGGAAUCCUGGCAGCCAGCCAGCCCCAUCACCUGCUCCCACUUGGGGGACUAAUUCUCACCACCUGCCUGAGGGGCCCCACCCAGCGAUACCUGCUUACAGAAUCACUACUUCAUGACAGGGCCAGGCACAUUUCCCCUGACAUCAUCUCUGCUAUGUUCAAUGUGGAGAAAUAAAAGGGCAGCGAGUUUAUGUUUUACAUUGGGAGGGAUGUUUGCUGAGUGGAGUUUACUUCUGUGUAAACAUUAGAAGGAUCUUGACCAUGAGGAAGAGCACUGCUGGAUAAUACAACAUUAUGUUCAAGUGCUUGCUAAGAAAUCUUGUUUAUUUGAAUAAAGAUUUAAUACUGUGUAAUGUAUUCUGACGUUGGCAUUGUAACGCACAUUUAUUUGUAAUGCACAUUGUGUUUGAUGUGGGAAGUUUUUGUCUGGUCUGGACAAAGUCUGUUUAACUGUUGCUUGAGGCCUGAACUGGCAUCUGUAUGUUCAAAUUCUCGGUAUGCUAAAGAAGGAGAGAAGGAAUAUAUAACUCACUUGCUAGGUGAAACUUUAGACUUUUCAGUGAGACGGUGUCUGGUACGAAAGCCAGAGGGAAGAUAUCCGGGGCACAACAAGACAAACCCACAGAAAAGGGUUGGAAAAAGAGGAUUCCAGCACGGCCUUCAGUUAUUGUGUAUGACAGGCACAACUGAGGUGGAGAAGAUAAAAGGACAAUCAGGCUAAAGCUGUCUUAGAUUAACAUUAAUAGUUGAAUAGAAGCAGUUGGUAUUUAAAGUGGCAGCAACAAGUUGACAAAGCAUAUGCUCAUUUAGAGAAACAAUCCUAUAUUUAAAUCACCAGAGAAGCUUGGGGACUUAAUCUUGUAAUAAAUAAACAUAAACAGCUUUGUUAAACUUAACAUUUGUAUAUGACUGUCUUUGUACCGUGCCUGUACAGUGGUACCUCUGGUUAAGUACUUAAUUCAUUCCAGAGGUCCAUUCUUAACCUGAAACUGUUCUUAACCUGAAGCACCACUUUAGCUAAUGGGGCCUCCUGCUGCCGCUGCGCCACCGGAGCACAAUUUCUGUUCUCAUCCUGAAGCAAAGUUCUUAACCCAAGGUACUAUUUCUGGGUUAGCAGAGUCUGUAACCUGAAGUGUCUGUAACCUGAAGCGUAUGUAAGUGUUCAGAGGGGGGAAAGGAGACUGAAUAGUGGCAGUGGCAUGGGUUUAGGAGAACCAUUGGAGAGGGAGUUUUGUUAUUGUACAUUAAGUACAUAAAAUAAAAUAUGAAAUGCAAUACGAAACUUCCAUUUUAAUUUGUUGUACAGUGGUGCCUCGCAAGAUGAAAUUAAUUCGUUCCGCGAGUUUUUUUGUCUUGCGAUUUUUUCGUCUUGCGAAGCACGGUUUUGGAAAAGUUUUGGAAAAGCUUCAAAAAUCACCAAAGUCUUCAAAAACCUCAAAAAAGGCUACCACACCACGUGCUAUGAGUUGCUCCUCAAAGUCAAGUCGCAACUGUAUUAACGGUUUUAAGAAAAAGGAAACAAACUUGCAAGACGUUUCCGUCUUGCAAAGCAAGCCCAUAGGGAAAAUCGUCUUGCGAAGCAACUCAAAAAACCAAAAACCCUUUCGUCUUGCGAGUUUUCCGUCUUGCGAGGCAUUCGUCUUGCGAGGUACCACUGUACAGCUGUGGAAGCUCUCAUGGGCAAAGCUUGCCACCUGUUGGUGAAAAUAGGCAACUGCAUGCUUGCCUUGGUUGUACAGGCCUGCGUGGGUGCUCUCUUCCGUGUUGUUCCCUGUGGCCACAAAUAGUUCAGGGUCACUUGGAUGUUGUUUUUAACUUGCUUUUCUCUUUGUGGGGCAGUGAAAAACUCUUCAUGGACAUGGCGGAUCGCCUGGCAGCAGACGGCUGGAGGGAGCUGGGCUAUGUGUAUGUCAAUAUAGACGAUUGCUGGAUGGCAAAACAGCGAGAUUCAACAGGGCAGCUGAUUCCAGAUCCUGAGAGGUUCCCUAGUGGCAUCAAAGCCUUAGCAGAUUACGUGAGUGAUCCAUAACUCCUGAUGGUGAAGCAAGAUCCGGGGCAUCUCCCAUCCGUGGUUUUUAAGAAUGUAUUUUGUGCUUUUAUAUAUUGAUUUGAUUCUGUGAAUCGUUCCGAGACCUGCGGAUAUAGGGCGGUAUAUAAAUUCAAUCAGUCCAUCAACAAGAAUCCCCUUCUAGCCAUCAGUAGUGAGGACUAAAAAACUUGUGAAAUCACGAGUCCCCAAAGCAACCAGGUCCUCUUCCUUCAGUGGCUUCAACUUGCUUAUUCAGAGUAGCCUGCAGAACAUUCCCUCCAGUUCAAAAGCAGCUUUCAUUUAAUUCUAGCAUCCUUGAUCUCCCGGGCCCACCUGGAUUGUGGCAAGAAAGGUAAUAACAACAGUUGCUUGGGCCAUCAUCCCUAAACCUAGACAUGUGGAGAAGCAGAAUAUGAACCAGGCAGCCGUUGGAUUCAGGGGGCAGAGUUGCCCAUGAUCAUCUUCAUCAUCAUCAUUUUAUUAUUUAUACCCUGCCCAUCUGGCUGGGUUGCCCCAGCCAUUCUGGGCAGCUUUCAGAACGCAUAAAAAACAUAAGCAUCAACCAUUAAAAACUUCCCAAUACAGGGUUGCCUUUAGAUGUCUUCUAAAACUUGUGUCGUUCUUGAUCUCCUUGACAUCUGAUGGGAGGGGGAUCCACAGGGAGGUGCUGUCCAAAUCACAAAUAUUUGCUGUUAGUUGUAUCCAGUUCCCACCUGGCUCAUGCUUGCCUUUCUGCAGUCAUGGGAAUGCAUAUAGUUAAACUGUGGAACACACUCCCACAAGAGGCAGCGACCGUCCCUAACUUGGAUGGUUAUCAAUGGUUGCUAGCCAUGAUGGCUGUAUUCUCCCUCUGUGGUUGGAGGCAGUAAUACCAGUUUCUGGAAACCACAGGGCAGGAGAGUUGGCCACGGUUGACCAGGCAUUUGAUUGGCCACAGUGAGAACACAGUGUUGGACUAGAUGGGCCAUUGGCGUGAUCUAGCAAGCACUUCUUUUGUUCUGAUGCUCAUUUCUGAACUACGCUGAGCGUAGGAGAAAAGUCCUGUGCAAAACAGCCCCAAAGCAUGUACUGGAUGUAGGAAUCUCCAUUCGACCGAGCUGAUAAGGCUCAUCUUCGGAAUCGCCUCCCGACGAUUAAUUGACAACCUGAUCCUUUGAUAAGGCCUUAGGCAUGUCGUCCCAGCAGUUCCCAAAACAGCAUGCGGAAGAGACAAGAGGUUUGGGCUACAUUGUUAUGCUUUAUUUUCUAGCUACGCAGAGAGCAAAGAAAUAUACAUCCUCUCCCUGUGAGAGCAGAGAGCAACUGAACAAAGGAACAAAGGAAACAGGAAACCACUAACGUCACAUCCUGUCUCCCUUUCCCGUGAGACUGCAAGGUCUCUGGAAUGUAAACAGAGUCCUGUGACUCCCAGCAGCUGCUCAGUGAGAAACAGAAACUAGCACUGGAUAUGGGUCCCAUAAGCUCUGAACAUGGGCUGCGAGUGAGAGAUGGGGAAAUUAUGAGGAAUUUUCUCCAUAUUAGCUCUAUUCCAGAGUGAGCAGUACCAAGCAUCCACUGUAAGCUUUUGGGUGGUUUUUCAUUGAGUUGUAAUAACUUUCUGCUGCCAAGAUCCUAUAUGAGGCCAAUUAUUUUGACAUUGGUAUCAUCAAAAAUAUUCAGUAACAUUAAUUUUGGACAAUAAACAAUUGUUUCUUUACAAAUAGUUCUGUCAAAAUCGAAUUCCAAAAAUCUUGCACUAACUGCCAUUCAGUCCACCAUAAAUGAUAAUAGGUACCAAGUUUAUUGCAAGCCCUCCAAAGAAUUUUCUGAUGCGGAAAUAAAACAUUUUUGACAUUUGCAAAGAAGUCCUAUACCAUCUGUGUAAUAAUAUUACGGCGUUUUCCCUAAGAAAACUGGAAACAGGUUUUAAGGGCCGAAUCUGAUUUUACAAGUAUUUUAUCGUUCCCACACUGAUCAUGUAGCUAUGUUAACUAAUGAUAUUUUUAAUCAUAGUUAAACACACUCCAGAGUAUCCCCUAACCUCCAAAUUGCAAAUCUGGUAUUCCAUUUUUCUGUUAUCAAAAUGGAAGUGUCAUAGUGGCAGAAAGUAUGCGAGGGUAGAGAGUCUUUGUGCUGAGCACCUCCAUGUGCAGGUGUAUUUUGAUGCGUUGAAUAGAAUGAUAGUUUAUGAGUCAUGGCAGAGGGGAGAGCAUGUGUACAAAUUCAGCUGGUAUUUGUUUGUUUUGUUGCUUUUUAAAAAUGCUGUUAAUAUUAUUUUAUAGAUAUGAACGCUGUAGUACUUUGUGAAUCCUAUAAUAUGAUUUUUAAUUAAUAAAUACAAAUUGGACUAUAAUUUGAUAUUUUUAUUUUACUUUAUUAUUUUUUAAUUCAAGUAUUAUGAUUGGAUAUUUAAUUGGAUGUUUUUAUUGGAAAAUCAAUAAAAAUGAUUCUUUAAAAAAAGAAUCCUAUAAUAUGAUUUUUGGUGUAACACUGAUGUUUAGCUUUUUUUUAGUUGUUUUGUUAAUAGAGGGUAAUUGCUUUAUUUGUGAUUUGCGAUGGUUUUGCUGAUGAUUUGUUAAGUAUUUUAUGCGAUUUAUGCUGUAUUUCAUUGUGAUGUUUCAUUAUAUAUGUAAUUUUUAUAUUUUGUUUGUAAGCCGCUUUGGGAUUUAUUUGAGUGAAAAGCGGGGUAGAAAUAGAAUAAAAGUAAAUAAAUAAAAAUGGGGAAAGACACUCAAGCAUGGCAACACACCAGCUGCUUUGACUGGUCGACGUUACAGUUUGUCCAUGGGAGUCCCCGUCCAUCUUUCAAGUUCUUCUUUCUUUUUGUAGGUGCAUGCCCGGGGCCUGAAGCUCGGCAUCUACGGUGACUUAGGCACCCAUACUUGUGCAGGGUAUCCCGGCACAACGCUGGACUUGAUUGAGCAAGAUGCCUCGACAUUUGCCCAGUGGGGAGUGGAUAUGCUGAAGCUAGAUGGCUGCUAUUCUUCAGCAUGUCAGCAGGCUAAAGGUAAGGACUGAGGCUUCCUCAUUGCCUCUGUUCGCUUUAUCCUGCCCCCUUCAGUGCUCCAUCUCCAUCAUGCCUGGGCCUAGACUGACCCCGGCUGCUUGAUCUUGAUCUUGCUGUUAAAAAAAUUAUUUGAAUCCGCUUUUGAUCUGUGUGUUUCUCAGAUACAGUGGUAUCUCGGGUUACAUACGCUUCAGGUUACAUACGCUUCAGGUUACAGACUCCACUAACCCAGAAAUAGUACCUCGGGUUAAGAACUUUGCUUCAGGAUGAGAACAGAAAUCAUGCAGCGGCAGCGCGGCAGCAGUAGGAGGCCCCAUUAGCUAAAGUGGUGCUUCAGGUUAAGAACAGUUUCAGGUUAAGAACGGACCUCCAGAACGAAUUAAGUUUUUAACCCGAGGUACCACUGUGUGUGUGUGUGUGUGUGUGUGUGUGUGUGUGUUAGUUACACAAGGUGUCAUUCAUUAUUAUUAUUUUUUAAAUCUGGUUUAAGAGGAAAUCUGAAUUUAAUACAAUUGUGUUAUAAGGGUGCUAUCUAAAUCAUUGUCAGGGUAGACUCAUUUAAAUCAGUGAACAAGUUUAUUGAUUUCAGUGGGUCUGUUCUGUCACUAACACUGGAUAUCAUGUUAUGUCUAGAUAUUCUUUUUAAACCAGAAUCAUGGCCAUCUUUAAAAACAUGCUAACUGAAAGGCAUUUUUUUUUCAUUUAAAAAAUGGAGUGGGGAGAGAAAUAACUUGAUUUCUGAGUUAUAUAUAUAAAACACACAAUAUGCCUCAUCUUGUGUUUUUUAUUGUGGGGUUUCAAUUGGAUCCAAGUAAUCACAAGGGCAAGAAUACAGGAGACGGCAUUGUGUACCUCACCAGAAUUAUCCUUGGAACCCAAAUAGAUUUUCUUGUUUUCCAGUUUCCAUGCCUGCCCCCUUGCAACUUGCUCAGUUUUCAAAUUAUGAAUAUUCUUUAUCCCUAAAAGGUUAUCCUAGAAUGUCCAGUGCUCUGAACGCAACAGGCCGCCCCAUUGCCUAUUCCUGUAGCUGGCCAGCCUAUCGAGGGGGACUUCCGCCCAAGGUGAGGCCUUGCUGAAGAGGCUUUGGGGCUGAGGUCACCUCCUUGGUCCUUUAAAGCAUGUUCAGAAUUUUGACAAUUUGGGUGGAGUGAGCAGGGAUCCACAAAUCUAUGCCCACCACUGGCCACCAAUCAAAUGCUUCUUAAGCUGAUGAGAGACAGGCAAGACUUCCAGUCUGACCUUGUGCUACACUUUUGUAAGCACUCUGGAAACAGCUCAGCUGACAAGGAGCAAGACCUCAGUCCUCCCUGACUCAUCAUUCCAUAUCCACAAAGGCAACCAUAGGGGCGAGGGGAGGGGUAGAAUAAAAAGCCUCCAGGACAACAUCUAUGAUAGUUUGUGUCUCCUUCAAGAUCAGGAUAGGUUAUUUUGAUUCCCCCUAUAUUAUCCUCACAAUAACCUUGUGAGGUAAAUUAAGCUGGUAGUUGAUGACUAGCUGAAGAUCCUCCAGUAGGCUUCAUGGCUGACCAGGGAUUAGUAACUGACCUAAGUCCAACACGCACACUGCUUUUUAUUUUAUUUUUACAGUGUAAAUUAGCCAAAAAGUGGUUUCUCUUUGAGUGGUUUUGUCCAAGCGGAGUACAGUAACUAGAACAGUGUUUCCCAAACUUGGGUCUCAAGCUGUUUUUGGACUACAAUUCCCAUCAGCCCUGACCACUGCUUCUGCUAGUUAGGAAUGAUGGGAGUUGUAGUCCAUCCACAGCUGGAGAUGCAAGUUUGAGAAACAUUGAGCUAUUAGGGAAAAGAAGAGGAGGACAUUAUCUGCCAAUGUGAGCUUCCCAUGGGCUUCUUGUUGGCCGUGUGGGACAGAGAGUGCUGGACUAGUUAGUUGGCCAGUUGAAAAAAGCAUGGCUGGAUCAUCUAUUGGCACCAUUUCUGUCUGUUGAUAAUCCUAGUUUGCAGCACCUGUUUUGGGAUACUGCUUCAGGGUGCAAUAUUACUAUUUGUGGUCAGUUUCCCCAUACUUUUUGUGCUGGCUGGGGCUUAUGGGAAUUGUAGUCCAAAACAUCUGGAGGGCACCAGGGCACUAGACAUGGUGAUGUUGAGCAGAGGAGAUUAACAUUGAAGCUAGAAGAGAGAUGGUCUCAGAAUUUCUAACGCUAGAAAAACUGCACCUCGCCCUCUGUUUCUCCAAAGGGUAAAGUGUACAGCUCUAUUGGUAAAUAACUCAUUUCACAUCUUUUUUCCAGGUGAACUACACACUCCUGGCAAACAUAUGUAAUCUCUGGCGAAACUAUGGUGAUAUACAAGACUCUUGGGAGAGUGUCCUCUCCAUAGUGGAUUGGUUCUCGGCCAAUCAGGAUGCACUUCAGCCAGUGUCUGGCCCUGGCCAUUGGAACGACCCAGACAUGGUAAUGCUGAAUUGAGGAGCUUAACAUGAAAGCUAGGAGAGAGGGAGAGAGACUGUCUCAGGAUUUCUAAAGUUAGAAAGAUGCAGCAGAGACUCUUGUUGGCAGGAAUUCCUCUGCUCUCAACAUCUUGCGUAGAAGGGCUGAAGCCUGUAAGUUAAGUGAUUUAGCUGGCUUUUGUGUUUCUUUUUGGGAAUCCUUCAGUCUACUGCAAUCCCCAUCCUUCUACCCUGGGUUGUUUAUAGCCUUCCCUUCUGUGACCUCUAAAUGUUUUGCAAAUAAACAUAUGUUGCAUCAUUUAUUCUGUAAGGUGUGGAGAGUCAAAGAGUUCCGCAUGACACAGAACUUCCCUCCCCCAAGAAAUCUCUCAUCUUCAUGCAAACAUACAGAUUUUUUGGCUUCUGAAAUGUUUACCAGUCUCCACCCGUUUUCAGGUUUUUUCUUUCGAGCCUUCAAAAUUUACAGUAAACUGUGAGGUUCCCUGGAUGCUGUGCAUGGCAGCCAUUUCUGAUCUUGUGCACUUGGUCGCUGAAAAUAUAUCUUAGAACAUCUUUAGAAACAUGUCCAAUUGGUGAUGUGCAUAUAGUCCAGCGGCGUGCGGUCAUUGGACUAAGGGAACUAUGCUAGUCCCCUAAAUGUUCGCCUGGUGCCUCCUUCCCAAAGCCCAGGAAGCUUCUGCCUGGCUUAGGGAGGCGUGUUGCCCAUGUGUGCAACAUCAGGACUUCACAACAUCACACACAUGGCAUCGACCCCCCAUGUCCCUCGCAAGCGAGCACCUCUGGCCCUAACUGUUCCCCUAUGAAAAAUUUCACUGCAUGCCACUGAUAUAGUCCUAGUGGCCUGUGCACGCAGCGCCUGGACUAGAUUUACCUUUUAAAACAGCAUUUCUCAGAACAUGCUGUACAGAAGUGCUGCUGAGAGAGACUAAUAUUUCACAUCCUCCAAUUCAAAGCAAAUUGUAUUGUGAUUUUAAACCAGAUAUUUAUAGAUUUUAAUUCAGGUUUGAUGACUGGAAAAAAGAAACACGUCUGCCCAAUCACAGUGAAGUGAACUAGCUUUUCUGAUUUCUGUUCGGUGAACUGGAGCAAUGUUCUUCAACCUCGGGUCCCAAGAUGGUGUUGGACUACAACUCCCAUCAUCCCUGACCAUUGUCUAAGCUGGCUGAGGAUGAUGGAAGUUGUAGACCAGCAGCAUCCCAGGAAGCAAAGUUGACAAAUACUGAACUAGAGCCUUCUCUGAAUCAAGCCAUCACCUCCUUUUACUUUCAUCCUUCACUUCAAUCUCAUCCUUAGUUUCAACCUCCUUCUUUGUCCUGCAGCUAAUCAUUGGAAACUUUGGCCUCAGCUAUGAACAGUCCCGCUCCCAAAUGGCCUUAUGGACUGUCAUGGCUGCUCCCCUUUUCAUGUCCACGGACCUCCGCACCAUUUCUGAGCAAGCACGAGAAAUUCUACAGAACAAACUGAUGAUCAAAAUUAACCAAGAUCCCCUGGGAAUUCAAGGACGCAGAAUCCUUCAGGUAGGGAAGGACUGGAUCCUGUAGCUCAAUAGAUAAGCAUAGCCUGUAAACCUUUGGAGCUGGGAGUGCUGUCUUCUGCUUUUUGAUCUGAGGGGGAGUGGUAACUUGAGCCACAUGUGGGUAGUUCAUUUUAUAUCCUGACUUUCUUCCAAGGCAUAUAAUCUUAAAGGGUGCAGUUAGACUCUUGUGCACUUUUUUCUGCAGCGUAUUUACAGAAGUAGACCUACAAUUUAGACCGUACUGAGCACUGUUUGCUAUUGGUAGCACUGUUUGCUAUAGGUAACAAUAUCCCCUGUUUCCAGCCACUUAACAAUUUGCAGUGUUCAAUCCCUGGUAUCUCUAGGGAGAGCUAGGGUAGAUUUCUGUCUGAAACACUGCCAGUCUGUGUAGAUAAUACUGAGGCAGAUGGACCAAUGGCCUGAUCCAGUAUAAGGCAGCUUCCUCAAUUCCUUGUGUGUCCCAGAGGAGUGUUUCCGUUAUUGGCACGUAACUUCAAUCUGCUUUUGUAGGAGAAAUCUCGCAUAGAGGUGUUCUUGCGCCCCCUUUCCCAGUCAGCCAACGCUCUGGUUUUCUUCAGUCGGAGGACAGACAUGCCGUAUCGCUACACCGCGUCCCUCACCCACUUCAAUUUUACCCAGAAUGCUGUGUAUGAGGUAAGAAAGAGACAAGGCUUAUCAGUAUCUUGGAGUAGUCCCUAUCCUUGCACACCAGCAGGGCUGCUUCCUGUCCUGUGUAGAGGGAGGAAGGAGGCCUUUGGGGUGCAGACUCCACACACAUCAUCUUCAAGAACCUGUAUGUUAAUGGUGUGUCUCAAAGAGUCUCUGCAUUACCAAGGAGAAAUCUCACUCUCAGCCUUCCAACCUUGAGGCCCCUCCCUCUAGCAUUCAUCUUCCCCUUGCCUACCUUGGAUUAGGCCUGAUGGAUAGACACGACAGAGCAGCAAUGUAAUAAGUGCUUUGAAUAGAGCCACACUGGUGUUGCUUCUCUGCAUGGCCCACAGAUUUGUGAUUUGGCUAUGCAAAUGUUUGUCUUUUGUGUUUGGGGCAGAUAGCGGAGUUAAAAUUAGCAUGGAGCUCUUUACCCAUGGUGCAUUUGCCCCACAGAGCAGCCUUCACCACAAUUUACAUUUUUUAAAGGUCACCAUAUCCUUGUUGCUUCUUUUACCAGUGAGCUGUGCAUUUGCAGCAGUAUCAAGAAUACUACUGCACAGCAAGCUAUAAUGCAAACCAGAAACUCACCAUCAGAGUUUGUUUGAGGUGGAGGGGUGGCGCAAAACAAUGAGAUGGGGAAUUAAGUUUUCUAUCAUUUUAAAAUCCAUCUUGUAGAUUGCUUUAGCACUUUUCCAUUUGUCUGCUAUCAUGGCUGUGAAAUAGCAACUGUAUCUGGUAUGUUCAAAGCAAUGUAUCCAUGUUCGUUCAUUUAUCUGUAUACGUAUAAUAUACAUCCCCACAGUUAACUAUGUCCUGUCACAAUGAUUCCUUCUGUUUCAGGCACAGGAUGUGUACAGUGGUCAAAUUAUCACUGGCUUGAAGGCUGCCGAUAACUUCACAGUGGUCAUUAACCCCUCUGGAGUAGUCAUGUGGUUUGUCUACCCAACAACAUACCUUGGCCAGCCGUCCAGCUUUGUGAAGCAGCUGCCUGAAGCCAGGAAGUUCCAUCCUUCUGCCAUGUGAUGCCAAAAGGCCAAUCGCUAGCUGCUACGAUUUCUCAGCAAGUCAGGCCAGGUGCGAAAGUGAUGGCACCUCAAAAUGGGGCAGGUGGGUGGGGUCAGAAGGGGGAUUUUACACAUGCAGUGUAAAAACUGAGACAAUGCACCAUUUACCUCCAAGGUGCUACUGCCUGAUUCUAUAGAUCCACUUGGAAGUUAAGUCUUAACUUGCACCACAGAGUUGCAGCCAAAUGCUUUGAAAUCAUUGGAAAUUUAAGUUUAGAUCAUCUUAAAACAGUAUAUGGAAAUUUAAGAUAUUCAUGUCAGUGAAAACUAACUUGCCUGGAAUUUUCCAAAAUUGGUCUGAAAAAAUCUAAUUAAGCUUCAAAUUAACCAUUUUCUUCUUUCUUUUCUCCUCCAUGCUGCAAGUAUUUUACCUGUUGUAGUAUCUGAGGCAGUUAGGUUUCAUAGUGGAGCACAUGGAGAGACACCCAAACACUCUUAUCCAUAUCCAAGACCUACUAGAACCCACAACAGCAAUUCACAUCUUUGAAUGUAUAGUUGUAGACACCACUCUUAUGAUCCUUUCUUCAUGCUGAGAGUACCAAUUGUGAAAGCUAGCAUUUCAGGUCACAGGGAUCUAGUUAGUCUUUUCCUUGACAUGCUAGCAUAUCAGCAAGGCAACUUAUGGAAACAGUCAAAAUAGGCUUGCAUGCAUUCAGGAAGGAUUUAUCACGUUGCUGAACAGUUUUGGGUUUUAGGAAUAUCAGUGCCCUUCUAUUUCAGACAACAGAUCCAUCUGGUUCAACUUCCUGGAAGCAAAGGCAACACACCUCUUCUGUCCCCCCCACCUGUUAUUCAAAGGCUAUUCUUGGGCUAAAGACAACCUCACCUAUUACAAAAUUGUUAUAGGAAACACGCGUAUAUAUGGAUUAACAUUAAUUGUACACACAGAUGUUCAUGCAAGUCUUUUAUGACUUUAAAUCAGGGUUGUUGAUUUUUUAAAAAACAAGCAGUAUAUAAAUUUUGUGAAAUAAAAUAAAGACUUGUUUUAUAAUCUCAGCCUCUGUUUUAACUUCUUAGGCUAAAAUGAACUAUAACAUUUUUUUAAGUUUUCAUUUCAUUUACUUUGUGAGCCACCCAAUUUUUUUUCUUAUGGGGUGGUUAUUUAUUCAAUACGUUUAUACGAGGUAAAAAAGGUGGAAGUGUAACAGUGGGAAACUUCAGUUGUACAGAGGCAGAACUGGAGCUGAAGGAGCCUUUGGGACUGGUAAAGCUGCUAUAAAAUACACCCCAGAAAUCUAAGAAGGGCAACCUUAUCCAAAAGAGGCAGUAACUUGGGGUGACAGAUUUCAGGAUGGCCGCUAUCUUCCUAUUGUCAUCUGUGGAGGGGACGGGAAAUAUGCAAAAUAAGUAGAUUUAGAUCUGUUUUAAGAGCAUUUCCCCAACAUGCUAUUUUAAAAAAGCCAGAAGUGGCAUGCUAAUCAAAGCAAGGCACAGGAGCAGAUUCCAUAUGCAAGCUAUUAUUUUUGCAGCAGUUUGUUAGGAUCCACAAUGCAACUUAGUCAGACAUACUCAAAUUAGGGUUUAGUGAACUCAGCAUCUCCUUUGACUAAUGUAGGGUCCUGCACGUGCUGUAUAGCAAUGAAAACUACAGGUUACCAAAGGUGCUUCAAACUGGUGGCAGCCACAAUCUAACAUGAAUAUUAUAGGCUACCACUUGAUGAACCAGCUGUCACCACUAUCAUUUUACCUUCUGCAAUCAUUUUUUAUUUGUCACAAUGAAAAACGACCAUAUAAAACCACCUUUCUGCUUGUGUCAAGGUCUUUUUGUCUUAGGUUAUCCACCUACCUCUAGAAGUAUAUUUUAUAGGAAUCAGAUAAAGGACAAAGAACUGAAUAGCAGUUUAAAAUGGAAUGAUUAAUGCUGUGUGUCAAGUUCUGGAAAGCCUCACGUACUUCUCAACCUGAUUUUUUUCUGUUUGUAUAUAAACCCCAGAUCUCCCUUGAUAACUGAACUGAAAGGGAAUCAUUCAUGGGCCCACUCCUCCCUUUAUAUCCAAGAUGAGGAACCUCUAGCCCUCCAAUAUUGCUGGACUACAAUUCACCCUGCUGUCUGGGCUGAUGGGAGCUGGAGUCCAAGAAUAUAUAGAGGACCAGGCCCCAGGCUGGCUUCAAGUCAUUCUACUAGAAUGAGAUCCAACUCCUCAAAGAACCCCGUGCCUUUACUUGAUGUGUGUGUGUUCUAGUAAGGCAUCCAGAAUUAUUCUCACAUGUUUCCUGUUCACUUCGACAAAUGGCAGCUACCGUAUUUUUCGCCCUAUAGGACGCACUUUUUCCCCUUCAAAAAUGAAGGGGAAAUCUGUGUGCGUCCUAUGGGGCGAAUACAGGCUUCAGGAAGCUAUCAGCAAGCCUGGGGAGCCCGCAGGAGUUCCCGCAGGGCUCCCCACGCUGCGGAUAGCAGCCUGCCACCCGGCGCGCGCUGAAGCAGAGCGCCCCGCGCUUCUGGUAGACAUCGGCCAGCCCC